AUGUUUGAGUGCAGAAUAGAUGGGCAAUUUUUUAAAAAGCUCUUUGAAACGUUAAAAGAUAUAUGUACUGAAGUUAAUUUGGAAUGUGAUGAAAACGGAAUUAAAAUGCAGUCCAUGGACUGCAGUCAUGUAUCUUUGGUCGAUUUGAAUAUCAUGUCUGACUUCUUUCAGCACUACAGGUGUGAUAAGAACUGUGUACUAGGGAUAAGCAUAAAUUUCAUGUUAAAAAUAUUAUCAGUAAUAAAGGAGAAAUCAACUGUGUUUUUAUUUAAAGAAGACAGCGAUAAUGAUGCUGUUUUGAAUAUUGGCAUAAUUGAUGAAGAGGAACAGUCAAAUACUGAGGAUUCGUUAGAAAUACAAGUCAAACUUAUAAACACACAAAAAGAACAUUUAGAGAUACCACAAUCUGAGUAUCAUUGUCAAUGUACAAUGAAAUCAAAAAAAUUUCAAGAAUUUACAAAAUAUUUAAAUUCAAUUGGUGAUAAUGUAUCUAUAUCUAUGAAAAAAGAUACGAUGAUAUUAAGUACAACUGGAUCAGAUAUAAAGGUAACAAAACAAUUUACAAAUGAUAUGACAGAUAUAUCAAUUACUUGUUCUAAAUCUGUUUCUCAAGAAUUUGCAACAAGAUAUUUGGUUAUGUUUUCAAGAGCAUCUUCUUUAUCUGAUGAAGUUUUAAUUUCACUCUCUCCUAACAUUCCAGUGUCUAUUAAAUUUAACUUCAAACAGCAACUAACAGAGCUACAAGACAACUCUCACUUGACCUUUUUCCUAGCCCCCAAAAUUGGCGAGUACUAG